AUGAAGAUGACCUUGUUUGGAGCAUCACAUGAACUAUAUAAUCGACAGUUGGUUGGCCUGACUCUAAAGGACAAGAACAUAUCAGGGCUGCGUGAACGCGUCAACAUCACCAUGGAGAUGACCGAGUACAUAAAUGAAACUCAAGAACCAUCCUGCCAGUUCUUAAAUUUUUCAACAAGAAACUUUAGUUCAGAUGGCUGCAACACCCUGUGGACACGAGGUCAGACUAACCUCACCUGUUCCUGUGACCACCUCACAUACUUUGGUGUGCUCAUGAUCAAUGCUCAAAUCUCAAAAGAAGACAGCGAGAUCCUAAAUUAUAUUACUCUGAUUGGCUGUAGUCUCUCUCUUUGUGCCUUGGUCAUCACCACUUUGCUCUUCACCUCAAACAGAGUACUCAGAGUAGAUGUUUCUAUGAAGGUCCACAUCAAUCUUGUAAUUGCUCUGAUGCUCCUCAACCUGCACUUCCUGCUAAGCUCCACACUGUCAGCACAGCCCUCCUCUGGACUUUGUUUGUACAUGGCCCUUUUCCUUCAUUACUCCCUGCUGGCCGGUUUCAGCUGGAUGGCCUUGGAGGGCUUCCAUCUCUACCUCCUCUUAGUCAAAGUCUUCAACAUCUAUGUCCAGAGAUACCUGCUCAAACUGAGCAUGGUGGGAUGGGGUGUCCCUGCAGUCAUUGUGUCAGUGGUGGUGAUCAUAAACAGAGACUUUUAUGGCCAAGCCCCUCUGAGCACGUCUAAUGACACAAUAUGUUAUAUAAAAAAUGAAACAGUGAAGUACGUGACAACACUGGGGGUGUUCAGCGUGGUCUUCCUCGUUAACAUGAUCCUGUUUGGGGUGGCACUCAGACAUGUUUUUAUUCUCCGCCGUGUCAAAGAGGUACAAUUUUCUUCCUGCUGGUCCAAGAAGAAAGACAUUUUCACCCUGCUGGGAGUCAUCACCCUGCUCGGCAUUACCUGGGGCCUGAUCUUCUUCUCUUUUGGCUACCUGACCACUGCUGGGCUCUACGUCUUCUCCAUCCUGAACUCACUGCAAGGUUUCUUCAUAUUCCUGUGGUUUGCGAUGUCACUGAGAAAGGGCAAAAGGACAGCAACUGCUGCAACAACUGAUGCAGCAACUAGUGCAGCUGCGAGGAUGAGCAAUGAAAUGCGCAGCACUAGCCAGUAG